AUGUUCUGCGUCUCCGUGUGGGAAUUGCGGCGCCUGGAGUCCGCGGGGUUUAAGACUAAAAAGUUGAGAGCGGUGACGAAUGGACACGCCGCUAAACGACAGGAGCGAGUGUAUGCCCAAAACACACCGCCGCAGCAGCCGCACCGACCCCAUGGGGCAGAGGGAAAGGCCAAGCUGCACACUUUCAGACGUCCACGUAUAGCAGCUGUUGUGGACGCCUCGGUCUCAAGUCUCAGUUAG